AACAUUCUGAUGCUACUUCAAAUCCACCUUGGCUUGAUGACUCUUUAAUAAAUGCAGCCAACUGGCUCAAGAAAAAUAACCCCUAUUUAUAUGAAUACACAAAUUCAUUUUUAACUACUUUGUCUAAUCACCCCUCUUUCCCAAUAGCAAUUCAUUUACCUAAUGAUAAUAUAUCUCUUGUAUGA